ACAUACCGUUUCCUGACAUCUGCCCCCUCCUGGUUCAGCCUGGCCGGCACCAUUACAUCCAAAGGGGAGGAGGACUUCCUUGCGCUGGCCACCACUCGGCUCAGCCGCAGGAAGCGCGUCAUUGGAGCAGCUGUGGGCGUGGCUAUGGUGCUUCUGCUAUUGGUUGCCAUCCCACUAUUGGUCCACAGCACUAAGGGAGGCAACACUGGAGGUGGGGGAACCCAUUAUGAAAUGCUGGGCAGCUGCAGGAUGGUUUGUGACCCCUUUACCCCACCUCAAAGUGGCCAUGAACUGGCCGUUUCUCCACCACCUCCAGAUUUUACAGCACGAAGAGGCAAGUCAGGAUUCCGCGGUGCCCCUGGUCUCCCUGGUCCACCUGGUCCCCGAGGGCCACCUGGAGAGCCAGGCAAGCCUGGCCCCCCAGGACCCCCAGGCCCUGGUCCAGGUGGCUAUGUGCCCUCCUACAGUCCAAAGAUUGCUUUCUAUGCAGGUCUCCGUAAACAGCAUGAGGGCAGUGAGGUGCUCAAGUUUGAUGACGUGGUAACCAAUGUGGGCAACUACUAUGAGCCUAGUACUGGCAAGUUCACCUGCCCUCUGCCUGGCAUCUAUUACUUCACCUACCAUGUGCUCAUGAGAGGAGGGGAUGGAACCAGCAUGUGGGCAGAUCUGAAGAAGAAUGGACAGGUGAGGGCCAGUGCCAUUGCUCAGGAUGCUGACCAGAACUACGACUAUGCCUCCAACAGUGUGAUCCUGCACCUCGAUGUUGGUGAUGAGGUGUUUGUUCAGCUGGAUGGGGGUAAAGUCCAUGGGGGCAACACCAACAAAUACAGCACUUUCUCUGGGUUUCUCAUCUAUGCAGACUGAAGUGCCCCUUCCCCUGACCCCCACGC